AGAGAUUAGAAAUGUCAGUAAAAAUAUUUGUCAGUUUAAAAGAGAAGAAUAUAUUAAUCUUAUAGGCAAAUUUAUAAAUUAAUAAUAACAAAAAAUAAAACUGACACUGGCACAAGCCUAGUGGCUUAUAAAGGAAGUAAUAAUAAUAAGAGAAGAAAUGUGGCUGCCUUUAAGAGGAAUAAUAGUCCAGUGUAGUUGUCUAAACGAACUGAGAAAUGAGAAUGAAUAUGCAGCUCCACAUAGUUGAUUAAUAUUACACCCUGACUUGAUCCAAUCGUUUUGGCAAAUAACCCAACCAAAGCCACCAAAACCAACCAACAAAAGGUCUUUUUGUUGAUGCAGAAUGUAUACCUAUGCGAGAAAGGAAAAAGCAAUUUAAUGACUAUAGUCAAAGAUAUUGAACUAAAUUUAAAAAUUCAAGAUCACGAACAGGACAUAGCUAAUGAAGUUAAAAUUUUAUCUUCAUUAAAGCACCCAAACAUCAUCAGGUUUUUCGACUGUUACUACAAUGAUAAUCACGUCAUGAUAUCGAUGGAAUACGCCACGGGCGGGAAUCUAGCGGAAUACAUGUAUCAGAGAUAUCCUAAAUUGGUUAAACAACAGGAAAUUUUGUUUUUUUUAUGUCAAAUACUAUUGGGAGUUGACUACAUUCACAAGAAGAACAUCAUUCACAGGGAUUUGAAAGCUGAAAAUAUAUUGUUGACUGGAAAACACGGGAUUAUUGUUAAACUUGGCGAUUUUGGUAUCUCAAAGAUGUUGGCCAGUGCUAAGAAGACUUCCACAGUGAUAGGCACUCCAUACUAUUUAGCACCAGAGCUCUGUGAAGGUAAACCCUACGACACUAAGAGCGAUAUUUGGUCUCUAGGUUGUCUGCUAUAUGAAAUGUGUACGCAUAGAAGAGCUUUUGAUUCAGAGACAUUAGUCGGACUGGUAAAAGCAAUAACAAGUGACAGUGUGCACCCAAUAAACACAGCUGUGUAUGAUAGAGGGCUACAAGACCUCAUAGAUUCCAUGCUCUCUAUUCUCCCAGACAAAAGGCCGUCGAUAAAGGAACUCAUGAGUAGAAUGAUAAUAUUACCGACUGUUUAUACAGUUUUCUUAGAUGCGGGUGAUGAUGAAUUGCUAAUGUCAAAAGCUCAGGAGUUUUUGGUUGCUUGAUUUGGAUUUUUUUAGUAAUUAAAUUGUGUAAGGUAUGAUAAUGAAUUUAAAGUUGAUGACAUAAUUAUUGUUUUGAUCGAAAUAAAACAAAUGACAUGCUAUUUUGAGUUAUUGUUCACAUGGGUACAAAAAUCAUCACCCGAUGAUGAAUUGCUAAUUUCAAAAGCUCAGGAGUUUUUGGUU